GUCCAAGAUAUAAAGCCAUAGAUCUAUUUAUAUAUUAUUAAGCCUUAUCAUUUAGAUCUCUCAACCAAAAAUUAUGGGUGCCCUUUACCAACAAGAACCUCCAUAUCUUCUCCAAGAUCUCAAAGUCUCAAUCCUUGACACUGGUCUUGUUUUUCCCUCCCAAGAAACUCCAAGGAAAUCCAUUUUCUUGUCAAACAUUGACCAAGUUCUAAAUUUCAAUGUUGAGACUCUCCAUUUCUUUCCACCCCGCAAAGAUUUUCCCCCUCAUCUUGUGGCUGAGAAGCUCAGAAGCACUCUUGCAAAAGUCCUGGUGCCGUAUGAUUUCUUGGCAGGAAGAUUGAAGGCAAACCCUAAAACAGGAAGAUUGGAGAUUGACUGCAAUGGAGAUGGAGCUGUUUUUGUGGUGGCUUCUAGCGAGCACUCUUUGGAUGAAAUUGGAGACUUGGUUUACCCCAAUCCUGCUUUUAAAAAGCUCAUUUAUGGAAGCCAAAUUGUGAAUGAGUUGUUGGGGAAAGAUGAUGAUCAACCUCUUUGCAUUUUUCAAUUAACAUCAUUCAAGUGUGGUGGGUUUGCAAUGGGCAUAUCAACCAACCAUGCAACUUUUGAUGGUUUAAGCUUCAAAAUUUUCCUGCAAAAUCUUGCUGCCCUAGCUGCUGAUAAACCCUUGGCUGUGAUUCCAUGCAAUGAUCGGCAACUUCUCGCUGCUCGAUCUCCACCACGUGUCACCUGUGAUCACCCUGAGAUGGUUGAACUCAAGUUCCCUCUAGGGCAAGAGUCCAAUGUUGCAAUGUUUGAUGCCAGCCCUGAAGACCUAGACUUCAAAAUUUUCAAGCUCACUGCUGCCAACAUUUCUGCCCUCAAGGCUAGGGCAAAAGAAACUUGUAACACUCAAAAUUACAAACAUAUCACUGGAUUCAAUGUUGUUUCUGCUCAUAUAUGGAGGUGCAAGGCAUUAUCAUUUGGUGAAAGUUUUAACUCAGAAAGGGAAUCUAGAAUGCUUUACGCCGUUGACAUACGACCCAAAUUAGUCCCGCCGUUGCCAGCAUGUUACACAGGGAACGCAGUGUUGAGCGCUUACACAACUGCUAAGUGUGAGGAACUAAAAUUGGAGCCGUUUUCAAAGCUGGUGGAGAUGGUUUCGCAAGGAGCGAAGCGAAUGACGGAUGAGUAUGCGAGGUCGUCGAUAGAUUGGGGAGAGUUAUACAAAGGGUUUCCUCAAGGGGAGUUCUUGGUGUCAUCUUGGUGGAAAUUAGGGUUUUCAAAGGUGGAGUAUCCAUGGGGAAGACCAAGGUAUAGUUGCCCUGUGGUGUAUCACAGAAAGGACAUAAUCUUGCUGUUUCCUGACAUUGAAGAUGAUGAAAAUGGAAUCAACGUUUUGGUUUCUCUGCCUAAAAAGGAGAUGGACAAGUUUCAAAACCUCUUCCAGGAGUUGAUCUCGGCUUGAAGGGGACUUCCAAUUAAUAAUUAAGUUGCUUAAUUGUAUCUCUUUUGAAUAAUGUUAUGUUUAUAAAUACAUAAAUGGUACAUACUUUGAUUAUUGCAUACAUAA